CGCCCUGCCUUAGCUCUGUCUCGAAAGUACCGCAACAGACGGCGUGCAGACCCCUCCCUCCGGGUGGGGGGUAAUACACACACGUCACACCAGGGACUCUCUUUGCACUCCACGCCAGUACUACCAAGUGGUUGUGGAACAGCCUGACCGUGGCCAGUAGAUGCAGUCUAAGUCGGUGACAACAGACGGGUGCUGGCAGCGCAUAAGCCUUUCGGCACGUCCUUGUCCUCCUCGGGCUGGCCGAGCUGCAAUGCAAUGCCGUGUCUGAGCAGGACCCCUCUUCUCCUCAUCGCUAUCGCCGGAGCUAGACCAUCUUGUGAUGCCCACAAUCCAACCCUGGCAAGCCUCAGGACCAGCCCAGCUUCAGCCACGUUUUUGGUGUACAGCACUGCCCCUGGCAGGAGCCCUCAGUCGAGGUCCAGACCGUAAUUCCUAACCCAUCAUGUACGUGCGGGCUUCCUGUCCUGCAUUGUCCAGAAGUGUACAAGCCUCGAGGAUCCGCAAGAGAUCGGACAUGGGUUCCAAGCACGCUAGGCGACCUCACACGUGUGCAUCAAGCCUGACAGGC